GAUCUGCCAGCAAAUGUUGCAGCUGCAAUGGGGGUGGCCGUGUCCAAGGUCGCAAAAGCGGUAUCAGAGGGUUCACUUUCACAUUAUACCUGCACCGGGGUUUGGAGGGUCACCACAGGUAGGUGCGACGCGAGUGAUGCCGAGGACGAGGCGGGAGUUGCACCAGCUGGAGUACGAGGGGCGGAGUGAGUUGGACGAGGACGAGGGACGGGAGCUCGCAGAGCGGAUACGGGCACGGCUUUGAUUGAUUGGUAGUUGUAUGUAGACUUGUUCGGACUUGCCAUGACAGAGGACGACGACACGAUCGACGUCGAGGCCGUCCCCAGCGAACAGCCAACGAAAGACACGCGAGAACGCGAGCCAGGCAAGUCGGUUCUGCCGUUGUCGAGGGUGCAGAAGAUCAUCAAGGCAGACAAGGACCUGCCCAUGGUUGCACGGGAUGCGGCGUUUCUGAUUUCGAUGGCGACCGAAGAGUUCAUCAGAAGACUCGCCCAGGCAUCGCAGAGGGUCGCCGAGAGGGAGAAGCGGGCGACCGUCCAGCAGAGGGACGUCGCCAACGUCACUCGACGUGCAGAGGAGUUCUUCUUUCUCGACGAAAUCAUAUCGGGGCCUCAGCCCACCACCGCGAAAAGAAAGCCAAAGGCUCUCCAGGCAGAACAGAGCGGUGAGCCCGAAGAACCAACGCCGCUGGACAGGUUUAUGAAGAA